CCCCCCCCGGGGCCGGGGCUGAGCCGCCGUCAUGUCUGUUUUCCAUGACGAGGUGGAGAUCGAGGAUUUCGAGUAUGACGAGGAGGCGGAGGCCUACACCUACCCGUGUCCGUGCGGAGACCGCUUCACCAUCAGCAAGGAAGAUCUGGAGAAUGGGGAAGAUGUGGCAACAUGCCCUAGUUGCUCUUUAAUAGUUCGAGUCAUUUACGAUAAGGAUCAGUUCAUGUCUGGAGAAGUAGUGGAGGCAGCAACCACAAAGAAACUGGAAAGUUUGCAAUGCUGAUAUAGCAAGGACCGCAAUUCUGAUGGUCACAGGUGACAUCACCCUUGGAUGAGUCUAAUAAUCAAGAAAUGAAGAUGAACCCUGGUUAUACAGACUAGAAGUGUUUUAAUAUAUGCAAAAUGUGGACAAGUCUCCGUUGCUAGAGUAUGAAUUCUGCAGUUUAUGAGAUUAUGCAUGUGAUAGUUCAAUUUCAAAUUGGAAACUUUAUAGACACCCAAGUUUCAAAUAAACUCUAGUGGGCCAUCAAUCUUGAUUUGCCUCAGGACAGCUAUGAUUAGAACCAUAUUCCAAACAGAAAUGCAUGGUCAUUGGGUGCAAUAUUCUAUUUUUUUCAAAAUUCUAUUAAAAUCUAUAAUAAAUUGCUACAUUAAUGGACUGGAUUAUCGGGAUGUAAAACGGUAAAUCUCUAAAUCUAUGUUACAUUUUGGUACAUGCAGCAAUCCUUUCCAAAUUGUGGCCGAUCUGUAAUUCAUAAGUACAGUAUUUCAAGCACAGGGACUUAAGACUCACUCUUGCUCGAUUGGGGGAUGGUGAUGGGGGGAAAAGAACUGAGAACUGCCUGUCACUGCAACACUGUGGAUGCUAACCUAUUGGUAUCUUGCUCACUUUUUGGUAUGUAUUCUGAAAACCUUUAUGAAGCUUAUUUCAUGCAAUUGAUAAUUGGCUUCAUAGUAGAGCGAGAGAUGUUGCAAUUAUACCAAAGAAUGCAUUAAUUUACAGUGUAUUAAAAUGAUUCGGAUUGUUUAACUGGUCAGAUUUAACAAAGUGGUGGAGUUUAUAUAGCUGUUUUCCUAAAACACUAUGCUAUCAGAUAAAACUAUUUAAGAAUUAUGUUUCUGUAACUCAACUGUUGUAGCUGGGGAAAGCAAAGUUACUGUACUGAUUUUCAGUGCUGUGCUGUGAUUGAUCGAUCCACAGGUUAGUAGAAAUCAAAUGCUCUGGUUCCUGGCUAGUAAGUCUUAUCUAUCAAGAAUUGAAAUACACUUAAGAUUUCAUGUGGGUAGUUAAUAACCUUGUAUGCAAUGCCUAUUCUGUUUAUUAUUAUAAACGAUUAUAGACUUAUUUUGGUGUGUGUUUGAAAAGUUGUUGAAGUACUUUUGUGAUGAAGUUUCUAAUUUUGGAUGAUGUGUGAUUCAGAGUUUUACGAGUGUGACUGAAAAUAUAUGUUGAAUUUCCACCUAUAAGAGUUAUAUUCUUGUGAUUUGAGAGUUUUACCAAUAUUUUAUAUGCCUUUGUGAUGCUGCACGAAAAAAAACAAAUUGAUAGCUAUUCACCAAUUUGGAAUUUGAUUAAAAAAAACCUUGUUCAUUAAAUCUAAGUGGUAGUGGUUGUUCAAAGUUUGCAAAUAUGCCUUUGUGUCUGCAUUUAAAACAAAGAAUUCUGAUCUAACUUAAAACAGGGUAUCCAGUUAUUUGAAUACCAUGAUUGAUUUGAUUAGACACAUACCGAUUGAAGUAGAAUUUUUAAUAUAAAUUGGAAGAGAAUGGACAGCAAAAUAAUCAAAAAUUAAAUUGUACCUUAUGCUCACAAACAUUCUCCCUUAACCUUUUAUUUAUCUCCUGCUUCUGUGUUGCACAUCAUUCCUGAGUUAGCCAAGCAGAAGAAAUUCCCAGAUAUAAGAUCAUAAAGAUAAGGUAGGACAUGAAGGGAUUUAUAGGUGAGGUUACAAAGCAAGCUCUAAUUUAUUAUGUAUUGUAAUACACUAAUAUACUGGAAGGUGGCAGGAAAGGUUUUAGAGAAACCUGUUUAAAUCACUGAAAGUUGUUAUGUUUGAACCACAUGCUUUUAAGGAAAUAAAACACAAAAUGAAUAAAGGCAAUAUGACCAAU